AUAAGUGCUCUCCAAAAGCAGAAACACGGCGAUACAAUCCAAGGACGCAGAAAUAUCAGACAUAGAACAGGAGAAAGAAAGAUGAGAGCUCAAACAGAGAGGGGCAGCCCGAUGAUGGCGAACCCUCGAAGAAUCGUUUAUUUAAACAGUCAAUCUUCCGAUAACCCCUUCCAGAUCCGACCGUCUUUUCUCGCAUCUCUCCUCCAGUUCCUUCAGAAGCCUCACUCUCUUCCAUUCCUUCUCAGCAUUUUUCUCUUCCUCACUUGGAUCUCUAUCCGCUUUCAGCGCGUUUCCCAAUUCUCAACUCCACCCGUCGGAACUGCCGCAGAUUGGAGCGUCGAUGACGAUAUGAAGGCCAAUUUGGUUAGGUUCAGCUCUGGGAUUCCUUCCCAAAUUGCUAAAGACAAGCGGGGCUGGUUGCUCGAUCCCCUUUCUCUCGCCCUUGCUUCUGGCAUUUCUGGUGGAGCUGUCUCUUGCGCUUCAGUUCAUGUUGGAGAAAUACGUCCUGGCAAAAUAAGAGGAAAUCACAGACAUCACAAUUGCAACGAGACAUUUGUCAUUUGGGGUGCUGCAACAAAAUUUAGGAUUCUCUGCACCCUGGAAUGGAACUGCUUGCCACCUCAGAAGAUCCUUGUCGUUUGCCUGAUCCUACGACAACAUUUACGUCACACGUUUGAGAGACUGAAAUUCAACACCAUCAUGAAUAAAAUGUGUUUUCGCCUUUAUUCUUUGAUAGAAAUGAUCCCAGCCGUUCAUUCUAAAUCCUAAAAUGCACAAACCUUCUACAUUUUGUUUCCCUCCAGCAAAUGCUCAGUUGUGUCCGAGUCUGAGACCCAAAAAUGCAGCUCUGUUCCACUAAGGCACAAAAUUUUCAGUUGUCCGUUGGUUGAAUAUUCAUGUCUGAGGUUCAACCCUUUGCUGAUUCAAGCCAUUCGAUUGUACACAGGAGGGGGCAUUCACCAUUCCUCAAAGGGAAUUGCACCGAGACAUAAUUGAAACCAAGGCUUGAGUGUUUUAAUGGAUUUAAAUUAAACAAUCCGGAUAAUCCCAUGAAUUGAUAGUUGCAAUUGGCCCAUUUAAAUCUGAGAAUAGUUGAGGCAUAAUGCAUCACU